CGCUAAUCAAGUGGACGGAGGAAGACGAGUACCUCUCCAAGAUGGCGGCAAUGCGACACCGAGGUUAUCUCACCAACAAAGAAGAGCAAUCCGGAAGUUAGCAAAAUCUUCCCAGUGGAGCAAAGAGAAACGUCGUGAAUUCAACGUGUCAAACAAAACAUCCAGCAUCUGACGAUGGAAAGUCGAGACGGGCCUGAGCCCCCCGGGAUUAAAGAGGAAGAGGAGGACUUUUGGACCAAUCAGGACGGGGAGCGGGUGGAGGCUGAUGUCACCAAUUUUCCGCUGACUAUUGUGCUCGUGAAGAGUGAGGACGACGACGGAGCUUUGCCGUCGCAGCGUCAUCGCAGUCCGAGUGAGGAGCAGAGCAGAUUUCUGGAAGGUGGAGAAGAUGGAGAACAUUGUGGAGGAUCGCAACCAGACAGCUUUGCUCCUUUAUCAGAUAUGGACGACAUGAUGUCACACUCCUCUGACGACAUCAUGGAUCAAAGCGAUGACGCCAAAGAACUUUCGCAGGCGAGCAGCGUAUCGAAGAAACACUUCAGAUGCUCCGAAUGCGGCAAAAUGUUCGGCGACCGGGGGAUUUUGAACCGGCACAUGAAACGCCACACGGGUGAGAAACCUUUCGCUUGCUCGGCGUGCAGCAAGAUGUUCAGCCGCCGGGACUGCCUGCUCUCGCACAUGCGGUGCCACGCCGAGGAGAAAGCCUUCCGCUGCUCGGUUUGCGCUCAAACCUUCCGCCACCGGCAGAACUUGAUCUCUCACCUGAGAUGUCACAUCGGUGAGAAACCCUUCGGCUGCUCAGAGUGCAGCGGCGCUUUCUCCACGAAGGCGCACUUGAAGAGGCACGCGAGGACGCACACCGGAGAGAAACGCUUCAUUUGCUCCUUGUGCGAUAAACGCUUUACAACGAAAGGGAACGUGCUGUUACACAUGCGGACCCACACGGGGGAGAAGCCUUUCUCGUGUCCCGUUUGCAGCGGAACGUUCUCCACGAAGACGCACUUAACUCGGCACGCCCGGACGCAUACCGGGGAGAAGCCUUUUGCGUGUUCCGUGUGCGACCAGAGAUUUUCCCUGAAGGAAAACAUGUUGACGCACUUGAAAAAACACAACAGGGCGCCUCCGUUCUCCUGCGCCGCCUGCUCGGCCACCUUCUCCAGCAGGAAAGAAGCGAUGGCGCACAAGAGCUCGCACGCCGGGGAGAAACCUUUCGCCUGCUUGGUGUGCGCUAAGAGGUUCACAAGCAAGGGGAACAUGAUGACGCACAUCCGGGGGCACACGGGGGAGAAACCCUUCACCUGCUCUUUCUGUGAAAAGGGAUUCACAAUCAAGGGGGACAUGAUGAGACACAGAAGGACGCACACAGGGGAGAAACCGUUCAGUUGUGACGUGUGCAAGAAAAGAUUCACUCGGAAGUGCCACGUGAACAAACACAAGUGUCUGGUGAACGCGACAAUACUAAAUGACUAAAACGUACUGAUUUUUAACCCAUUUUUUGAACAUCGGUGACCCUAUGCAUAUUGUGCAAGAAAAUCUGUAUUUGGACUCAAUUUUGGCAAUUUCUUCACUUGUGAUUAAAGUCAAUAAAGGUCUGAUUGUCUACUAUCACGAAAAGAUUUGCCCAAGUGAGGGUACCCACAUAUAAUAGGGCCGAAUUUGAGCAUAUUCUCCCCUUCAAUAAGCGAUAGUUAAGGCCUGAUUAUGAUUUUUAAAAAUAUAUAUAUAUUCUCAGUGAUUGCCAUGUGGUCUGGUGUUUGAAAAGUGAUUCUUUUCCUCAUUUUUUUGUCAAAAAAAACCCCCAGCAGAUAGUUAUUACUAUUAUUAUUAGCAUGACUGUUCAUUAUAUCUGAUGGCAAAUAUCUGCACAUGAUUAAAAAUCGGUUAAGACGUUAAAACUUGACGAUUUUCGAUUAACCGAUUUUCCUUUGCACAAACUAAUCCUCACAUGGUGUAAGAUAUCACACAUGCAAGA